AUUCAUUAUAAAGCGAACAUUCUCAUUGGCCCACAUCAUCUUAUUGUAAGCAUGGAACCAAAAGCAGAAGUCUAUCUUGGUUUUUUGCUGUUAUUUGCUUUAAAUGCAAUUGGCAACACAGAAACAGUAAAAGGAUCGAUCCAGCUGAACUCUGGGGUGUUUGAAAAGAUUGUGAAGCACCACAAAGCAGUCCUUGUUAAGUUUGAUGAGACAUAUCCAUAUGGAGAUAAACAAGAUACCUUUAAAGAAGUUGUGGAGGCCACUAUGUCUCAGGACGAUGCCUUAUGUGCCGAGAUACAGGUAUCAGAUUAUGGAGAGAAAGAAAAUCUAGACUUGGCAGAAAGAUAUGGUGUAAUAAAGGAACAAUUCCCAGUUUACAGAUUGUUUCUGAAUGGAGACCUUGAAGGUGUCCUAUACAAAGGAGAUACAAAAAAUGCUAAUGACAUUAAAUCAUUUUUGAUGAGUGAAGCAGGCCUUUGGUUAGGACUUCCAGAUUGUUUACAAGAAUUUGAUGAACUUGUCACCAACUUUUAUAAUGCAGCUGACAAUGACAAAAAGACAGCUGUAGUUACAGAAGUGGAGAAAGCUGCUGAAAAAUUGAAAGAAGAAUCUCAGAAAAAAUCAGCUGAGAUUUACGUUAAAACAAUGAAAAAAGUUUUGGAAAAAGGUGAAUCCUUCAUUGCGGAAGAAGUAAAAAGAGUUGAAAAAAUUAGAGAUGGAAAAAUAAGUGAUAAGAAGAGAGAACAGUUAGGCUCAAGAUUGAAUAUUUUAACAUCAUUCAAACUUUUAUUAAAAAAAGCUAAAAAAGGAAAGGAUGAACUUUGAAGGAUAUCAUUUUAAUUUUCUAUUUUUCAUUUUGUUUCUUUGUUCACCAAAUUUGAAUAAUUUUUAAAUCUUGUCCCUUUUUCCAAUUUUACAUGUUAUCACCUAAAACAUUUAUAAGGGGUUGGGGAAACUUUAUUAUUUUUUCUCUCCGUUUUUUAGAUUAAUUUCUCAGUGUAGGGAUAAGUUGGUAUGUAAAUUUCCAAAAUCAAUUCUUUUGGAGGAUAUGAAUCACAUGUGCCAUUUUCACAUAUCUUGCAAUAAGUUAAUGAAAUGAGAUUUAUUUUUUAAUAUACUUUGCCAAUUGUGCUGGAGCAGAAUGUGUUAUUAAUGUUGUUAUGGAGUUGCAGAACGUAAAUGUGUUUAAUUAUUUUAUGCUAGCAUUUAAAAUAUUCCAACAUAAUGUAGAUUUUAUACUUUAUAAUUUUAUAAAAGUAAUAUAUGGAAGAAAACAUUUAUACUAUACAAGUUUUGAAAUGCCAGAAAUAUGUGUUUUUGAUAUGUUAUUAUAGGUUUAAAAAUAAUAAAGUAUAAAAACUAA